AUCAUGUGCUCCUGUUAACAAGCUCCUAUUACAUCAUGUGUUCCUGUUAACAAUUUCAUAAAAUCCCGGUUAAAAUGGCGCAUAAGAAAGGAGACAGAAAUGCGCAUGUGUACGGUAUCCCUCUCUCGUGCUACUUGCUGCAGCAUCUCAAAUCUGGCGUUACUAGUUCCGAUCAGCUGACAUAAUAUUAGAUUAGGUUAGAUUAGCUGGAGAGAAGACAAACUAAAGUUAUAAAUGACUAGAAGAAAUCGCAUUUGCAUAUCUCAGCUAUUUGCCGGCAUGCCUCCAGAAUAAGUUACUGUGUCUCUCGUGAUCUAUUUGAUUCUUGGAAGUGUGAUAUGCAAGACGAGAACAGGGAUCGAUUGCUGGACAAGGAACAGUGGCGGUUGGAGGCGCAGGCGGUGAUCAAUGAUGUAAGAAAACACGUGCAGGAUCUGAAGGUGUCCGAGCGACUGCAAAGCACCAACCAGGUGAUCUACUUGAAUCUGACUACACUGGAGGGUCUACGGUUUUGCGUGGAACUGUCAGCCGCCGGCUUCACUAUCGUCGGCAACCGGCACGACGAUACGUCGAACGUGGGUAACGAGUGCUUUGAGACACCCUACAGCCUGCUAGAUUUCAUUAGUCCGCAGUACAGGAACUCCUUCGGCAAUUCUCUGCUGGAUAAGCUAAAGCAGCUGAGUGAACAACAAUAAACUUGUCUGAAGUGAAAUGCGUAUAUGAGGACAUUGCGUAUUUCUAUUGACGUAGGUUAGAAUUGCAGUUAAUUAAAUUAUUUUUAAAUGUCUGUAUUACAUAUCAAUAUAUACUAUGAUGUUUGAAUGAAGAACUGCAUUGUUCUUUCUGAUUAUAUUGGUAAAAUUAAAUUUAAAAAACAUCUUCCAACUGUUUGCAUA